AAAGCCCUAAACCCAUCUCAGUCCAGAAACUACUCUCUUUUCCCCUCCACCUCCGACGCAGCAAACUUACUCUUCUUCUAGUUCGAUCUCCUCACUAUCGCGCUCUCCAAAUCCACGAUCAACUCUCCAUUUAACUCACACAGAAGCGAAGAUGUCACUGCAAGUUCUGAAUCCGAAUGCGGAAGUACUUAACAAAUCGGCAGCUCUUCACAUGAGCAUCAACGCGGCCAAGGGUUUGCAAGAUGUUCUCAAGAGCAACCUCGGCCCCAAAGGCACCAUCAAGAUGCUUGUUGGUGGUGCUGGUGAUAUUAAACUCACUAAGGAUGGCAACACUCUGUUGAAAGAGAUGCAAAUUAAAAAUCCAACUGCAAAUCUGAUUGCAAGGACAGCUGUUGCUCAAGAUGAUAUAAGUGGGGAUGGAACCACAUCUACUGUGAUCUUUAUUGGCGAGCUUAUGAAACAAGCAGAACGUUAUAUUGACGAAGGGAUGCAUCCAAGAGUUUUAGUUGAUGGUUUUGAAAUUGCCAAAAGAGCAACACUACAAUUCCUUGACAAAUUUAAGACUCCUGUUGUGAUGGGUGAUGAACCUGACAAAGAGAUACUGAAGAUGGUAGCAAGAACAACAUUAAGAACAAAGUUGUAUGAAGCAUUGGCAGACCAGUUGACGGACAUAGUUGUAAACGCAGUGCUCUGCAUUCGCAAGCCUGAAGAAGGAAUUGAUCUGUUCAUGGUCGAGAUUAUGCACAUGCGCCACAAGUUCGAUGUUGAUACACGUUUGGUUGAGGGUCUAGUCCUUGAUCAUGGCUCAAGACAUCCAGACAUGAAGCGGCGAGCAGAGAACUGUUACAUUUUGACUUGCAAUGUAUCACUGGAGUAUGAGAAAAGUGAAAUAAAUGCAGGCUUUUUCUACUCAAAUGCAGAGCAGAGAGAGGCAAUGGUUGCAGCAGAAAGGCGUUCGGUUGACGAGAGGGUGAAAAAGAUUAUUGAUCUAAAGAAUAAGGUUUGCUUAGGUAAUGAAAACAAUUUUGUUGUUAUCAAUCAAAAAGGGAUUGAUCCUCCAUCGCUGGACCUUCUUGCUAGGGCAGGGAUAAUUGCCCUUCGAAGAGCAAAGAAGAGAAAUAUGGAAAGAUUGGUUUUGGCUUGUGGUGGAGAGGCUGUUAAUUCUGUUGGUGACAUAACUCCUGACAGCCUUGGUUGGGCUGGACUUGUAUAUGAGCAUGUUCUUGGAGAGGAGAAAUAUACGUUUGUGGAAAAUGUAAAGAAUCCUUGCUCAUGCACAAUCCUUAUAAAAGGGCCUAAUGACCACACCAUUGCCCAAAUUAAGGAUGCUGUUCGUGAUGGCCUGAGAGCAGUGAAAAAUACUAUUGAAGAUGAAUCAGUUGUACUAGGGGCAGGGGCUUUUGAAGUCGCAGCAAGACAAUACUUAAUCAAUGAAGUAAAGAGAUCGGUUCAGGGGCGUGCCCAACUCGGAGUUGAAGCUUUUGCUGAUGCUCUUCUUGUGGUGCCCAAGACACUUGCUGAAAAUUCCGGACUGGACACCCAAGAUGUGAUCAUUUCUCUCACGGGAGAGCAUGACAGGGGGAAUGUUGUGGGGCUAAACCAGCACACGGGUGAACCUAUCGACCCUCAAAUGGAGGGUAUUUUUGACAACUAUUCUGUGAAGCGGCAAAUCAUAAACUCAGGCCCAGUAAUUGCAUCCCAGUUGCUACUGGUAGACGAAUUCAUUCGUGCAGGGCAUAACAUGCGGAAGCCAAAUUAGAACUUUGCUCUAAGCAUGUCCGUGCAUGCUUUCAUCAGCCUGAGUGUAGAAAAAGAUGGUUUUGGUUCCAUAGAGGGUUCUUGUGCUAUGGCCUCUGAAAGUUUUGUCAAGAACGAACCACCUUUGAUGUUUCCAAUAUCCGAACUUUGAUUUCUCGAGACUAUCAGGCAGCAUCUCUCUAACAAAACUUUGAUAUUUUGUUCUGUUUGAAUGCACACUGCAUGGCCCUUUAAUUGUGUCCCGAUUUUGCCCUCGCGGCCCUUGUUUCGCUUGCUUUAUUUGCUGUCUUCGUCCUUGGUUUUGCUCUAAUUGGGUAGCAUUCCCAAUAUAUGGCUUGUCUGCUUCACUGGCGAACUAGAGACUAAUGUUAUACAUGCCUCUUAAGCUGGCUAUUUGUUUAGCCCUCGUGGUGGCAAUUGUUAAGAUGUAUAUUUAUAAUCCAGUCCGUUAGAUCGGGUGCAGUGAUUUGUGGCGUGAUUAAAUAGGAAUUGAUGACUUCGGCAAUGUACUAAAACAAUCUAUGUU